AUGCGGGAGCUAAUGAAGUGCCCAAACACCAAUAAUUACACUAUCAGAAGUAACUCCAGUUGGAAAGUAAAUGAAGUUUGGAAGAAAAACACUGAACAGAAAGUUGAAACUCAGGAAAAAAUCGUGUAUCUUUCUUGGUCACUAAGGAUGUCUUGCUAUAGUAAUGAGAGAACAUUGGACUGGAAAAAGGGUGAUGAUGUGAUUGAUUGUGUUAACAUGAAUAAUCAACUUGCAUCCAACCAUGGUCCUAUAGUUGAUAAUACUAAAGAUUUAAAGGCAGAUAAUUACAAUACUGGUUGUUAUGACCAUGAUUGCGCUGGAUUUGUACAAAUUGAUUUCAGCAUUCAACUUGGUCAACCCAUUUUUCCUUCCACUCUUGGAGGGCAAUUAACUUUCCUAACAGUUAUGGUCUACAAGGAUGGUGUGAAUGGACACUGGUGGCUAGAUGUAAAUGGUAUUCUCAGAGGAUAUUUUCCUAAGUAUAUCUUCACUUCAUUGAGUGAAUAUGCUGAAAGAGUGGAUUUUGGUGGAGAGAUUCUUAAUAAAGAAAAUGAAGGUCACCACACAACUACUCAAAUGGGAAAUGGACUAUAUCCCAGUGAAACUAGAGCAAGUGUUAUAUCUCUAACUAGAAUAUAUGACCAAUACAGAAAUCCAGUUGAAGAAAUGCAUGAAGUUUUGAUCACAGCUGCUCAGUGUUAUGGUGCAUAUAUUUUCAGUAAUGCUAUAUCUUAUGGAGGACCCGGUUAUUCUGCAAUCUGUCCUUAA